UGCUUGUCAUCAUUCAAGCAGGGUUGGGUGGCUGGGGGUACAGGCAAGAGUGGCAGCAGCUGGCAAUGCCACCAGCUGCACUUACUGGCCUGGGGUUGGCAGCAACCAUAGUUGCAGGGCCCCAUGAUGGGGUGUCCCAUCUGUGCCAUGGGGCCAGGCGUGGGUGGGAACGGGUGCACCCCGAGGAGGAAUGUGGGCUGGGAAGGGCGGUGGUUUCAGCUGGGGCACUCAGAAUGCAGCCAGCAGUGCAGCAGCAGCCGCCACGCAGCAUGGCCGAAAAACCCCAAAUCCAGCUCUUUAUCAAGGCAAGCGAAGACGGGGAGAGCAUAGGGCACUGCCCCUUCUGCCAGCGGCUCUUCAUGAUGCUGCUGCUCAAAGGGGUGCCCUUCACCCUCACCACUGUGGAUGUGAAGAGGGCGCUGGAUGUGCUGAAGGACUUCGCACCAGGUGCCCAGCUGCCCGUCCUCCUCUAUAACGGCGAGCCCAAGACCGACACCAUCACCAUUGAGGAGUUCCUGGAGGACCAGCUGGGCCCCCCCAUGUGCCCCAGUCUGGUCCCACAGUACCCGGAGUCAAGCCUGGCUGGGAACGACAUUUUCCACAAAUUCUCUGCUUUCAUCAAGAACCCAGUACCUGCCCAGGACAAGGCGUUGCAGCGGAGCCUGCUGCGGGCCUUGCUGAAGCUGGAUGACUACCUGAGCACCCCUCUGGAGCACGAGCUGGCCCAGGACCCCCACCUCCAGGCCUCCCAGCGCCAUUUCCUUGAUGGAGACCACCUCACGCUGGCUGACUGCAACCUGCUGCCGAAGCUCAAUAUUGUUCAGGUCGUGUGCCAGCAUUACCGCCACUUUGGGAUCCCCAAGGACCUGCGGGGUGUGUGGCGGUACCUCAACAGUGUCAGUGAAACCAAGGAAUUCCAAUACACCUGCCCCAGCAGCCAAGAGAUUAUACAAGCCUAUCGUUCUGUGGUCCGGGCACCGCAGUGA